AAUUUUGCCGAUGUCAGCAGAAAAAGUGCUAGGUGGUUUCACUGUUUAAACUAUUUUUUCAGUGAAAUUGAAACGCAAUUUUGAUAAAAAAAAAAGUAAAGUUUGGACCUUGUAUAUUCAAAGAUCAGUGAUCAGGUCCAGUGAAAUUUGUUUUUUAGUGAAAUUUUGUCCAGUGAAAAAAACAAAUUUACAAAAGUUUUGGCAAUCUGAGUGAUCUUGAGGAAGUUGACCUUGUGAAGACCCAGUAGAUGUGCAUCACUCCGGAAACUUCUCAAGCAUCUUGUCAUAGUUCUACAGGCAGUUAAAGUACCGGGUAUACAUCGCAACUAUGUUUCAGUGUAGUUUAUGUUCGAAUGUAUUUACUACAGUUGAAAUCUUCGUUCAUCACAUCAAAGAUGUUCAUACACAAGAAGAAAAUGUGUAUGAGUGCAUGCAAGAAAAUUGCCUUAAAAAAUUCACCGCAUUAAACAGAUUCAAAAAACAUUUGAAGAGCAACCAUUUACCUGUAAAUCCCAGUACAAGUACUACUUCUUUUCCUCUAAAUGACCACCAAAUGGACAUUGGUUAUUUACCAGAAGAGACUGAACCCAGUAUUACGGUCAGGGAGGGUGAGGAGAGCAAUUUUGGCUUUAAUGAAAAUAUGAGUGAGUCCACUCCAUGUGCACCUGAUUUCCAUAGUCUUAAAAAAGACUUCCAAGAACACCUAUUCAAGUUGAUGCUUCAACUUCACGGUAUUGAUCACUUCAAUCGUCAGGAUGUGCUACUGAUUCAAUCACUUAUUGAAUAUCAUUGUUUGAAACCGAUAUCAAAGUAUAUGGAGCAGUUUUCAAUGAUCGAAGGAAAUCAUAAUAGUGAUAACAUGCGCGAGAUGUCAUUUAUACUGGCUCAUGCAUUUGAUGAAUACUCUUCGGAGUACAAAUUUAAAAAUUCACUACAGAGACAAGGAAUUUUCAAACCACCGAAGUGCUACUCAAUCAAUAAUGAAAUUGUACUCAAAAGAAAGAAGGGUAAUUUUGAACUGGUCACAGAAGAUGUGAAAGGAGUCAUCAUGCAUAUUGAUUUUCAACUCAUCAAGUAUUUCGAAUGUGAUGGAGUGUAUUCUAGCACUUUGACCAGAUUGAACGAAUUAGAGUUCUCAGAUAGCAUCUUGAAUUUCGUUUCAAGUGAACUAUGGAAGAAGAAAUCACAAAAUUUUGGAGAAAAAAUUGUGUUUCCCGUUUUCUUGUACUUCGACGACUUCGAGGUGAAUAAUCCUCUAGGACAUCAUUCGACGAGUAUCUGUGGAGCAUACUACCACAUUCCUGUACUUCCGCAAGAGCAUCUGUCUCAACUACAACACAUUUUUCCAGCAGCAUUUUUUAAAACAGAAGACCACAAAAACUACGGAAAUGAAGCAUUGUUGUACGAGUUAGUAGAUGUAUUUAAGAGUCUUUAUGAAACAGGAAUAGUAAUUCGCAUCCGUGGUGAAGAAAUCAGAAUUCAUUUUCUUCUUUGCCAAAUACUAGGAGAUAACAAGGGUAUGAAUGAAAUCACAGGUUACAAAAAAUCUUUUCGAAGUGAUUAUUAUUGCAGAAUCUGUUUCUUGUCUCGUUUAGAAUGUGAAUGUAAUUACAAGGAAGAUCCAGAAAAAUUGAGAAAUUUUUCGAAUUAUGAUGAACAUUUACAGUCAGAAAAUUCACACGGAAUUGUUGAAAAUUCGAUCUUAAACUCAUUGCCUCUUUUUCACGUCACUCAAAAUUACGGGGUAGACAUUAUGCACGAUAUAUACGAGGGCAUUUGUCACUUCACAUUGUCUGAAAUUUUGAUUCACUUUAUAAAAAAAAAGAAAUAUUUUACGAUUAAUGAUUUAAACGACAGAAAAGAAGCUUUUAAGGUUUACAAUGUAAAUACAGGUAGAGCGUUGUCCUUGGCUUAUAUAACGUCGAAAGGAAAGUUGAAUCUAAGUGCAGCUGAAAUGAAAAGUUUCGUGCAUUUUCUGCCACUUAUGAUUGGGGACUAUGUGCCAGAACAUGAUGAAGCAUGGAUGCUAUAUCUCUAUUUAAUUCAGAUUAUAGAUAUUCUUCUUAAAUCCGAUUUUCGUGAACAUGAUUUGUUCGUUUUGGAAAGUCUUAUUGCUGAACACCAUGAGGCUUACAUUAAGUUUAGUGGCCACAAAUUAAAACCAAAAAUGCAUUUUCUCACUCACUAUGCAUCAGCAAUAAGAAAAUGUGGACCUCUGAAGUUUAUGUGGAACUUUAGAAAUGAAGCGAAACACAAAGAGUUUAAAUCUUAUACGAAAAAUGUCACAUCACGUGUCAACAUUUGCCUGUCUGUUGCAAUAAAAUACGCUUAUCGAUUUUCGAGUGUAAUUUUUAAAAAUGAUGUUCUCUGUCCGAUGAUUGAAUAUAAUCCAAAAGAUAUAAAGAAAGUUCAACUCUCCUACAAUAUCUCAGAAAACAGUACAGGAAUUAAUAUUCCUGAAGACAUGAGUACGGUAAAGAAAUGUCGUAUAAAAGAAACUACUUACGAGACAGGUAAUGCUAUCCUCAUUGAUGGUAAAAUACAAGAGAUUUCAGUGAUUAUGAUAAUAAAUGAAAGUAUUUACGUAAUCACCAAUGAAUAUAAUUCAGAAAAGAAUCCCCAUUUGGAAUCCAUCCAAAUUAAAGGAACAACAGAAUUGUUUAACUUUUACGAAUUUAAUAAAAUACGUAGUCCGCCUCUACCAAAAAUUAAUUUCGCGGGAAAGAUUUAUAUUAGACUUCAGGAAUUCUAAAUGUAAAUUGAAGAUAAAGUUAAAUGGUUAAUAAGUAAAAAGUAUUAGUAUUAUAUUGUUAGUAAUUAAAAACAAA